AUGGACAAAAAAGAAAAAUCUAUUUUUACUCCUACAUUUGAUUCAUUUAGGUUAAAGAAUACUCAUGACACAGUUCAUGUCAUUAAACACGAAAAAUUGACUCAAAUUUAUAAGGGUUCCAUUGUAAGAGGUUGUUAUCAUGGCCUAGGUUUAAUGAUGUGGGUACAAGAAAAUGAAAAGCAAAUAUAUGAAGGGUAUUUUUAUGUAAAUCAGAUACAUGGUUAUGGUCGUAUGGUUUAUGGAAACGGUUUGGUUUUUGAAGGACUGUUUAAAAAUAAUAUGCGUUUUGGACCUGGUGUGAUGACGUAUCCUGAUCAGUUCCAAGAAGUGGGUUUUUGGAUAGGGGCUCACAUUUUUCGUUUAACUUAUAAUUUGACAACACACUCAGUUCCAUCAUAUAUUUUACCAAAUGUUUCUUCAAAAAUAAAAUUACUUCAAUUCAGACACCUCAUUGAUCUAACCCGACCACCUCAUUCAAUUAUCAAUAUACGUGAUAACAACGAAAAAUAUCUUAAUACUAAUUAUUCGUGUCCUGCAUACACCCGACAUUUUAGCAGCUUAUUUUUAGAUUCAAUAAAAUUUGAUACAGAAUUUUCUUUUAAAGCCAUAAUAUCUGAGAAUAAUACCCAGGUGAAAAAAGACAAUCGAUUCAUAUGUGGCUAUGAUUUAGUCGAUUUGAUACAAAAGAACUACUUAUUAGUAAAUAAAAAUAACAAAGAAACAUUACAGUCAAAUAACGAGUUUUUAUCGAACUGUAGUAUAAACAUUGACAAACAAUGUGAAAUUUUAAAUAAUAAUUCAUGGUCCAUUAUUAGUAAUACAAACGAAAAUAUUCAAUCCAAACAUAUUCUAGAAUCAAACGAAAAAGAAAAUGAAAAUUAUCAUCAUGAAAUAAUACGUAACGACCAUAAUUUUUCAAAAAUGUUGGCAUACAAUAAUAACACCUUAGAUAAAAUGAUAUUAGCACAUGCUUAUCAACAGCAAUUUGGUGAAAAGAUCUUACUGUACAAUAUUGACGAUGUUUGGAGUGGGAAUCGGGAUAGGUUCAUGCCCUCACGUAAUCAUGAGUCGGAAGCUUUAAUGUUUUUGACUAAACUAGAUCUAAACCCUGAAAACAUACUACAUAUUAUUCAAAACUAUGAUGUUGACUUGGACGUAGCCGAUUCUCGAGGAAAUACUCGUCUCAUGAUUUCAUGUGCUAAUGACCGACAUGAGGUUAUUAAAUGCUUAAUUAAUCUUGGCGCUGACUUGGAAUGCUACAAUGAUGAUGGAUUUACUCCUUUAAACCUAACUAUUAUGCGAUACAUAUGUUUAUUAAAUAAUAUAGAACAUUGGACUGAAUAUUGUAUACCUCACGUCAGUUUAAAAUUUAAUAUUACAAAAGAAAAUCAGCAUAUAAUAUUAAAUAACAUACAGAAAAUAAAUUUCUUUCAGCCAGAAAAUUUAAAAAAUAUGAAGCUUACAGAAAACGAUGAUGAUGAUUAUGUUGACGAGAUGAAAUCAACAACAAUUCGAACAGCUACAAAAAAACAAAUAUUAUUAGACUCGGUGGAAAACACAAUACUACUUUUGAUUAAUAUGGGUGCUAAAGCAACAACUUGCGCCGUUCCAAAAAUAUCAAUUCAUUUAGCUUUAUUGACUAUAAAUUCAAACAUUUUAAAAGCUGUGUUCGAAGCUGGAGGAUCUCCAACUUAUACCUUAUCUAAUGAGAAUUAUAAAUUAAAUUUAUUACACAUGGCUGUUAUGAUGCCCACAAACUAUAGCGUUGUCCAGUGUAUUAAAGUGUUAAUAACGCAUUGUGUCAAUCCAAAUUUAAAAGCAUUACCUAUGUUUAGUAUUUUUCGAUAUAAAUUACCCUGGAGUAAAAUAGCAAAUGAAAAUAACGCGUCUAUGACACCUUUGGACAUUUUUUGCUUAAAAGAAAAUAUACACGAAUUAGAUGGAGAAUUAACUGUCGACGAGAAAUCAGAAAAUGAACUAGCCUCUAUGCUUUACAACGUUACGGACAAAAGUCAUACUUAUUGUGGUUUUGAGCCCAUUGUUUUAGCUAUGUUAACAGGAAAGUUACAUUUGACAAAAACGUUUUUAGAAAAAAAUAGAUCAGUUGUAAACAAAGUCAUUUCUGGUUUUGGGACUCUAUUGUCAUUAUUACUUAAUCCAUUGUACAAUUUCAACUUAUCGAAUACAAAACUAAAUAAAUUGUUAGAUUUGUUGUUAAAAUCAAAUUCAAAUCCUUUAAAGAUUAUUAAAAUGUUCAAUAUGAAAUUCAGAGGCAAUAUUUGUGAAUAUUAUUCCAAUUUAUUUGAAUCAGAAAAGCUGAACGAAGAAACACACCCAUUACGCUAUUCGAAUAUUAUCGAAAUAAAGAAAAAAUUAAGAGAUUCUGGAAGAAAAAUUUUAGAUAUAAUUUAUUCGAAAAGAGCUUCUGUUGCACUAAUAAAUGAUUAUAGAAAAAAUAUAACCACAUCAUCAUUAUCAGUUGAUGAGAAAAUGGCAAUGUUAUUUUGGCUAAAUUUUGGUAAUGCAAUCUUAACGCAUCGAGUGAAAAUUGUGAAGAUGUCGAAAUUAUUUAAGUUUAGAACUGUAAAAAUAAUAAAUUUAUUUAAUAUAAAAGAUACAAUGAAAAAUGAAACAUACACAUUGUGUUUACAACAUAUAAACUCAACAACUCAUAAUCCAAUUAUUCUCACUAAAGAAGAAAGUCAGGUCUGUUAUGAAUGCUUGCAGCAUCAAUCAAAGGAGAUGGAAGCUUGUUCAAGUUGUUAUUUUGCUCUGCUUUGUUCAGAAAGUUGUAAAAAUCAACAUAAUAAUGAAAAUAAUUGUAAAUUACAAAUGAGUAAAGAUUAUAUAAUUAAUAUUCUAAAUGAACUAAAUAACAACAUAACUGAUGAAAAAUCAAAAACAUCAAAUAUAUCUUCUACAUACCUUAUUUCUACUGAAAAUUCUAAAAUAAAUAGUGAACAAUUGGAAAGCAACGAAUACGUUUCUUUGUCUUCAGUAUCAUGGCACUCUUUAAAAUCCUUAUCAUUAAUUACAGAUUCGCAGUCAUCAAAUUUUUCAAAAACAUCGGGCAACUCAUUUUCAGACGAUGCAAGUAUUUACUCUCAACAGUCACAAAAUAAAGUUAUGUACAUAACACACUCAAAAAAAUACAAAAAAGACCAAUUUAAAGUUGGGUCAAACUAUUCUAGAAAUAAUAAAAUGUACAAUUCAGCAUCUUCAGAAAUUAGCAAUAGAGUCAGCAUCAGAAGUAGUAGUAACGAUCAAGAUUUUGACAAGAAUAAUUAUAUUCAUUCAGAUAUUGAAGUUGUAUUAAUAAUUUUAGAGGAUUCACAAAGAUACACAGAGGAUGACUCUAAUCAGUUUAUGCAGUCUAACCAGUCUAAGCGCAAGAUUACAAUACAAAGUAAACGAUAUCGUAAAGAUGAAGAUCUAGAUUACGACAAGAAUAGUUUUAUUCACACGGAUAGUGUGGUGAAAUUUGUUAAUAAAAAUAAACUAAAUGAUCGAAAAUCUGGGCGAAAAAAUACGAGGUAUCGAGAAAGAAAACUUAUUCUUAACAAUAAGAUAAAUAUACCUGUAUCAUCUAUGAAAUACAGAAUGGUUAGAUCACCGGGUUGUUGGAUACCAAUAUUUAUGUUCAUCAAUCGUGGCUCUUAUGAAGACGUAACUAUACUAAACAAUGUAAUAAGCUCUGGAAUAUCGUAUAUUUUAAUGAUUGAAAAAAGUGUACAAGCUUACACUAAUAUCAAUGAUAACCAAUAUUACGUGUUAAAUAAUUACAGUUUGAUAUAA